AGGAGGUGGUGGACAGAAGGAUCCAUCAUGGAUGUUAUCAUGGACCCCUCCACCCCCUGCACCACCUACACGGUGUAUUACAUUCCACUCGUUUGUUCUGCUGCUGUUCUGUCGUUGUUUUUAUACUGGUUAUAUUACUAUUUUUACUAUUUAUUGUUCUUCCAUACUGCUGUACUGUUUGUCCUAUUUAAUGUCUCCUUGCUGCUGCUUGUGGGAUGAAGUCUGUGUGCUCUGCUGCUCUGUGGUGAGUCAGGAAGGUGCACGUCUGGGUCUGAAGGGGAACUGCUGAAGAGCAACAGGAAGCUGUGAGCAGCAGGAGGAGGAGGAGGAGUUCAAAUCCCCUGAAGUUAGUUUCACUUUCUCAGAACAUCCACUUCAGCAGCAGCUUAACUUCCACUUAACGCUGAUCAUGGACUUCAUAGAACCCAUCCUGUCCAUCGCCACUCAGAUCUACGAAGUGGCCGAGAACGUGAAGGCCAACAAGAAGCGCUGCCACCGGGUUUCUGAGCGAGUCAAAGCCCUGGAGUCUCUGGUGAGGUCCAUCAAAAAGAGGGAGAAGCCACAAAGCGGUGGGGAGGUGGCGACGGCCCUGAGGGAUCUGUCCUUCACCCUCAUAUCAGCCCAGAAGCUCAUGGAUAAAUACGCCUCAGCCAAGUGGGUGGAGCGCAUCCUGAAGUCCAGCAGCCACGGAGACGAGUUUGACAGCGUCAACGAGCGGCUCAACGACGCCUAUCAGGUGCUGUCUGUGGCUCUGCAGGUGCAGCAGGGGGACGUGCUGUGCAAGGUGUUUGAACUGGGCUCCAGGGAGGAAGACAGGAGGGAGGACGAGGAAGAGCUGAAGAAAUUGCUGCUGGAGUACAUGAAGGCCCAGGAGGAGAAACUGGAAAGCCUCAAAAACAACGUGGAGAAGAUCGUGCAGAUGUUGAACAGGCCCACGAUCACCGAGGACAUCAGGCUGAUCAAACCCAGUGAGCUGACGUACAAACUUCCCAAAGAGCCCUUCAUGACAACACCAACCUCAAAGGUCUACAAAGGAGAGUAUCGCGGAUUCACAGUGGCCAUUAAGAGAUACACGGACCUGGUGGCCACCAGCGCCGCUAGAUUUCAGGAGGUGAAGCCAGUUUUUAAUAAAGAAGUGCAAACUAUGAAGAAGUUCGAGUCGCCCAACAUCCUGCGGCUGUUUGGCAUCUGUGUGGAGGAUGAGGACGGACCCAGCCCUCAGUUCCUCAUCAUCAUGGAGUACUGUGAGAAGGGAAGCCUUCGAGAGGUUCUGAAUUCUGAUACACUGUCCUGGACCAUCAGAGCUCACAUGUGUCUGGACGCAGCACAAGGACUUUACCGACUCCACCAGACAGAAGAAAAAAGCAAAGUUCAUGGAUGCAUCGACAGCAACAAGUUCCUGGUGGCUGAAGGCUACAGGGUCAAGUUAGGAGGUUUUGAGCUGGCAAAAUCAGAAACGUCACUGAAAAAGCUGCCGUGGGCCAAUAAGUGCACAUCACUGCAUUACUCUUGUCCUGGGAUUCUGCAAAGCAUCAACCAUGUCUACAGCAAAGAGUGUGAGAUGUACAGCUUUGGAAUCCUCAUGUGGGAGAUUUCAACCAGUCAGACACCGUUUAAAGAUUGUUCUAGGAAGCAAAUCUAUGAGAAAGUGUACGUAGAGAAAUUUCAGGAGCCACUUCCCGAUGACUGUCCUGCCUCACUUAGAGAGUUGAUCGAUGCCUGCAGGGCCUUCGACAGCUUCCAGAGACCUUCGGCUGGAGUGCUGGUGGAUAAACUGCGCAGUGUGGUGGCACAGUUGGAGGAGCAGUAGACUUCUUUGACCCCCUGUUCCUUUGUCAGGGUCGCAUAAAAAAGCUUGGAUGUGAAGCUGAUGUAAAAAAAAAAAAAUAUUACAGCAAAUAGAAACCUCAAAAUUGACCUAAGUAUUGUUUUGGGGAUUUUACAGAUUAUAAAACUAGUCAUGAAGCUCAUGAAACUGAAAACAUGGUGCUACAGAAAAACCUAUAAUGGUGUCAAACGAGACGUUUGGGAUCAAUAAAUGUUUUUUAUCCAAUAAAAUUGUCGAUUUAUGUUGGCUUGAAAUAAGA